UCCCACUUCUUGGUACGAGCAAAAGAACUGCGCAAGCAUACCUCUUUUGGCCGGUCAUUUUCCACCAACAAUUCCUCCUUUUCCAUCACUUUCUCGUUUCUUUUUCGCAAACACUCGAAACCACCCAUAGGCUUAUUGCAGCGGUUUGUCACAAACAUCAAACCAAUUUUUAGCACCUACCUAGAACACUUACACACCAUCGCCGUUCCGGGGUGUCCUCCUUAGCCUUUUGCUCUACCCCAUUUUCUGUCUUUUUUUCUGGCUUGUCAGCAGUCGCCAAACCUUUCAGCGAGCCGCAAGCCCGGCUUGCCGAAUCGCUCAGGGACAAUCGGACCGUGAGGCGAGUCAAGCUGCUGCUGCCAAUUACCAUUUUGCCGACCUACAGACCCAGUCACUCGAGUGGAUCCUCUCCUGGUGUCGCCGCAAUCAAGAUUCCGCACUUUUGAGGCAGGGACAGCCAAUCCGACACACACCCCGGGGGCGCUUGGAACACUUUUGCCUGUGCCUGGCUAGCUUGCCCCUCGGAUUUUUAUUUUUAUUUUUUUUUAUCCAUCCCGUUUUGAUUUUUUAUUCUCCAGUUUUACGCAAUUACUUCUUGCUGCGUUACUGGUAGGUCAGCCUUCAAUCACCGGACUCCAAACCUGUUCGCCCGUGCUGCCGAAGCCGACUGCGGACAACACAAAAGUAACCUGCGGUUGCUGCAAUUGCGAUUGAUAACUCUGCUACCCCGGCCGUCUCGAGCCCCUCAUCUACUAUCACUGUACCACGCUGCAACCUGCCCGCGACAGGUCCGCACGCACCGCAGGGCAAACACAUUAUUACUACUACCCCAUCAGACAACAAAUUGAGAGCACAGGCGGGUUUCGACGCGACACCUUGCAAUUCUGUCAACCGCCACCUCCUGACUGAGCGACGGGAGCCUCAGUUUUACGACCUGCUGAGAUAGCAAAACCCUAAGUCUCAGAACAAGGAAGUAAAGUUCUCCACUUCCCUGUCUGUGGUUCGCCCACUCGGUUCUGUCUUCCACAUCAAUCGGCCGUCGCAUCAACCGAAGGCUUCUUUUACAGCAACUGAGGCAUCAGUCCUCAUACCCAGUUCGCGGCUUUAUUUUUUUUUUGUUUUGCUUAGCAGCGCAACCCGACAGCAUCAUGUCUUUUUGAAGAGCUGGCCAGCGUCUCCUUUCUCCCCCCGCGUGCUUCUUUGUCCCUUUCCAACUUGGAUUCCGCCCCAAUCCUCGCCAUCAUCACCCCCACCUCCGAGAACCAAGCGACAAUUCAAUGUGCAGCUGGGGCUCCAACCGCAUGCUACCUGCACGCCACCUUUGAAAUUGCUGCAGAACGCCGACGACUCUGCUCAAUCUCUUUGGUACACCUUCACAUCUGAUCCCAUACGCGACGCGACAACGCCUGCGCAGCCAAAACGAUUCCGUCGACACAGAUUCGACUACGAAAUACCAAAUUUACUGCGAUCGCGCCUACCAUUGCUGUAUCUGCAACCUCAUCAGCACGAUCUUGAAAGCGCUUCCUUGGAUUGUACAGCUUCAAAUUCUCUGCAGCAAAACAAUCAAGACCGGCUCCCGUUUUAUUUUUGCUAUCAGACAAAAUGAUUAUCGACGGCGAGAAGUGGGCUUGCGAGGCCUGUGUUCGCGGUCACCGGGUCAGCAACUGCCAGCAUUCGGAACGGCCGCUCCAGCACAUCAACAAGAAAGGUCGCCCCGUAUCGCAAUGUCAGCAUUGCCGUUCUAUGCGAAAGUCUCGAGCAUCCCACGUCAAAUGCGACUGUGGAGAGAAGACACACAAAUGCGCCCACUUGCAGCCAACAUUAGAGGGUCAUAGGGACAGCUGCUGCUGCAACCAUGGCGGUCGUUGUUCCUGUUCGCAUAAGAAGGAUCCACCGUUGCUUGAUCCCGUCCCAGAAUCCGACUCGGACGAACCCGAGAAAUGUGCCUCAAGGACCUCGAGCAAGGCUCCUAGUGUCAAGGGCACUCCGCGUGUCAGGAGAAGGGCGAACACGAUACACUCGGACGGCAAGCUCAGCUUCGAUGAAAAUGGCAAGCACAGGCCUACUUACAGGCACGCAAAGGCCUCGUCCAAAUGCGAACCGUACCCACUGAAACGCGUAAACUCACUCCAGAGCGCAAGUGAUGGCAUUCGCGAUACUACCGUUCUGACCGACAGUGUCGAUACUUCUCGCAAAGUCAAGUCGGAAACGGCUUCUCCAUUACUGGCAAGCGGCGGGGUUCCUUCCAGCUUCACGCAGCUGAACUCUUCAUUAAGGCCACUGGACUUAUCGGUAAUUCAAUAUCCGAGCUACGCUUCCCAGGCUUCGCAAAGUACCCCUUGCGACGCCCUAUUCAGCGCAAGCCUGGAUUACGAGCCAGCAUGCUUCAGCGCCGGCUUGCAGCCUCAGAUCGAAUGGAGCCAAUGGGACAGCCUGGACUUUUACGCCGACCCCGUCCGCGACAAGUUCACCCCGUCCAGCUACGAUGCGCACGGGGGCUACAGCAGCGCAAGCGGAUUCGACUUUAAUGGCUCUGACCAGGCUCCCACGCUGGCAACAACCACUUCCGGCGAUGUGUCUGAAGUCGAAGAUUUUAUGGGACCAUCAGCUGAUGAUUAUGACAUAUCGAGCGGCUUCGGCAAUGCAGUCGCCAUGGGUACCUAUGGAGCUACCGGGCUCCUGGGAGCCGGUAGCACUGGCACUGGUUUGUCAGCUUACGAGAUUCCCGACUACACAAAUGAGGUUCCCAAGAGCAGCCAAGAAGGCGGUCUCAAUGGCCCCAAGUACAUUGAAACUCCGCUUGAUGAUGGCGGCCUCGCUGCUGCAGGCCCAAUCGGUGCUGCGUUCACCGAAGAUGCCUUGUAUUGGAUGCCAGAAGUAGCACCCGGCAUUCCCCCGAUGGCAGACUUGUCAUCGGUCCCAGAACCGAAUGGCUUGCAGUGGGAAGGCCCUCGGUAGCCCUACGUUAGCGACUUUGAAGUUUUAUUUCCUUGACUCAACCUAUAUAUGUCCUCUACUGUCUAUACAUACUCUUGGUUAGGUGUCGAUUUCUUUAAAAGUCUGGGUGGGUCGGGUUUUCAUAGCAUUGGAAUGGUCAUUGUCGUUCGCUUAUAUUCAUACAUGUCUACAUUACAAUGGCGCAGGGCGGUAUUCUCGGGACGAUAAAAAAAAAGAAAAAGAUGCUCAUGGCGAUCAUUUGCCAUUCGUUUUGGUGCGUUCAGACGCUACGAUUUUCUUGUUUGCAUACAGCUUGAGCAUCAUGUCUAUUUUGAGGCAUUCUCAUAACGGCGUUUUACUCCUUGGCUGAUUUUCAGUACAUAUUUCUUGUAUCGGGAUAGUGAGAGGAGAGGAACAUACACCAACGUUGAAGGUCAGGGACAAGAAGCAUCACAAAUCAGGGAGCUUGAGCACAGCCGAACAUGCGUGACCAAGGAAGGUGGAUGGGAAGUGCGAUUCUUGUCUGGUGCCGUUAAGCGUUAUAUCCUUUGUCGAACAUAUCAUACACACGGGCGCAUAAUUCUCAUUUACCUUGGUUGUCGUGCUUGGGGUGAAGCGGACUGCGGAAGCUACAGACUUCUCUACUUGGAUUGAUACUUGGACCGUGGACUUGUCUCUCUUUCUUGGCUACCUACCUAGCAGCAUGGCGCUGCUCAACAAUGUUCUCAUAUAAUGAUUCAUUGGUACGUCUGGUUUUUCUUUUAUGUUUGUGCAUAAGCGGGUUCUAGAUAUAUACUCCUUGGUUUAUUUUCAGUUUUCUGUCUCAUUUUUGUUCAUAUUAUCCUUUUACACGCCGUAAACAACUCUAAGAUACCUCCACUGUUUUAGCACAAGAUCUUUUAAGGACCUUGGUUCUUGGCAAUCGACAUAGCUUUGAGGAUCGGGGCUAGCGCUUGCCCUUAUGUCCUCAUUUUGCUUUUAUUUUAUUUUUUAGGUCAUACUAGUCUAGCACGGCAUGGCUCGCUAGCUUAAAUUUAGGCUUCCUCAUCCUGGGAAAGAGUGUGUGGCUUCACGCACGCGCCUAUUCUUUCUCGAUUCUGUCAAAGACAUUUCCUCAGAUCGGAGUGGUGUCGGGAUUGAAUUCCUGUCAAUCCCAUAGCGUUGCGGCUACACAACCUGCCUUUUUUGUUGUUCCUACUAUGAUACGGCACAUCCCUGUCUGUCAAUAGUGAGAACUGGAAUGGAAGUACGGACUUGGCCGCUCAGCACAGGAUUCCAGAUCAUUUACUGUAGAUAUCCGGCACCCCUAGUGCGUCGCGCGGACUCUACUGGCUAGUUGAUGGCAAGACCAGGGAAGCAGGCAAAGCCGGGGGAUGAAUAAUCGCGUUGCGCUUCGGCGAGGUGGAGGCUAAAAGGACCAUGUUACCUGACAGAGAAAGAGUUGGUAAACAUUUCUUCGACUCGUGUCUAUUGCCCUCCAGGGCUUAGUACGUGUUUCCAAACCCGAGAAGCCGGAUGAAGCGGUU